UGUGCAAAUGUCAAGAAAACAAACAACGCAGGGAUUUUUUGCACAUAUUUCGUGGCAUUUUUACCAAAAUGGGCCUCAAGCGACCACUACCAGGCAAUCCCAUCGUCUUCCUGGACAUUCGAAUCAACGAGGAGAGAGUGGGGCGAAUGGUGAUUGAGCUCCGGAAGGAUUCUGUUCCCAAGACGGCCGAGAACUUCCGCUUGUUGUGCACGGGAGAGGUGAGAACUGCUUCUGGCAAGGUUCUGUCUUAUCGCGGAACCAAGUUCCACAAAGUCCAGCGGAUAUUCAUGGCUCAGGGAGGAGAUGUGGGCGAGAGCAUCUAUGGCCCCACAUUUGAGGAUGAGAACUUCAGCCUGCCUCAUGACGAGGGCGCUGUCUCCAUGGCAAACUAUGGGGCGCCGAACACAAACAGCUCUCAGUUCUUCAUCACUGCCAUCAACUGUUCUCAUCUGGACGGGACUAAUGUGGUGGUGGGCUACGUGUUGCGUGGCUUGGGCAUCCUGGGUGACAUGGAGAAGGUCACGACGGACGAGGGCACUCCUACGGCCAGCAUUGUAAUCGAGAAUUGCGGGGAGUUGAGCGAGGGCGCCGAUUGGGGCUUCUGCGAUAACGAUGGCCUGCUGGAUCAGUUGCCGCCUUUCCCGCUGGACUGGGAUGACUCAGUGUUGGAGUUCAAUGUCGAGCAAAUGGUGGAGAUUCUCACGACAAUAAGGAAUGCGGGCAAUUACCACUUCAGGAAUGGUGACAAUGUCAAAGCGAUAAGGCGCUACAACAAGGCCAUCCGAUACUACCAGUUCUUCAGCAAUGCGCCACUGUGUGCCGCCGAUCGGUGUCGCCUCGAGAAGGCCAAUGCCAUGAGCUGUGUCAACAUAGCUGCCGUGCAUCUCAAGUCCCACAACUUCCAUGACGCGAUACAGAUCUGCAAUGAGGCCCUGAAGCUGCAUCCCAGCAAUUCUAAGGCGCUCUUUCGUCGCGGGCAGGCGGAAAUCGAGCUGAAAAACUACGAAAAUGCAAUCAAAGAUCUCAAGCGAGCCUAUAACCUCGUGCCUGACUGCAAGAAGAUCCUCGACGAGUUUAAUAGGGCGAAGCACUUCCUGCUGGAGUAUCGCGACAAGGAGAAGAAGAACUUUCAGAAUAUGUUUCAGUCAUAAGUGCUGCGGUAAGUGUUGCAUAAUUGACGUGGAGAGGCACUGAUAGGAU